AUGACUGUCAAAUCAAAUACCAAAACAACCAAAAAGAGCAUUGUAAAGCUCUUUUUAACUUACCUCAAGAAGAACACAUUAGCUUUGAAAAAACUAACUACAUCAAUUGAAGAAAAACAUCAUGAUACGACGAAAGUGAUAGACAUAACGAACUCCGUAAACGAUAAACUCGAAAUCGUCCACAAACUUAGAAACGAUAUAAAAAUUUACAAAACAAUAAAUUCAAUACUGACAAAUCAUUAUAUCAAAGAAACCAGAGAUCAUGAAACUACAAUUGAUACAAAAAUUAUCAAUUUAGAAAGACAAAUUAAAGAUUCUUACGAGGAAUUGAAAAAGGAAGUGAUCAAAAUGGCGGAUAGUCUCGCCAGUUAUAAAAAUCAAAUUUCAGCUCCGAUUCAAAAUAGUAAUGUUAUAAUGGUCGGUAAUGACCUAAAUUAUAAACAAAUCAAUGAAAUACAGGCUAAAAGUGAAAUAUAUAAUACGAUUAUUAGGAAAAUUGAUAAGAUGUUUUGUAAUAUGGCGUACCAAGACCGGCUGAAAGAAGAGGAACAGAAAGACGCUGAAAAUGCGCGUUUAGAAGAGAUUCUUAACAUGUGCGCGGAGUACGAGAAACAAAUAUCGUCAGGGCUGCCAAUAACACCGACAGAGAAGAGGUCCCACAACAAAAUCAUCACAAAUGGUUCCCUCCCACGAAGCGCUGCCAUGAACAAUCCUAACUUUGUGCAAACUAGCGACGGUUAUUAUAAGUUUGAUACUAGUCAUAACAGGAAUAAUGUGAUGAGCCAAUCUCUGCCGCCACAACGCAAUCUGUCGACUUACGAAAACUUUACUUCACAAGUUGAUCCUUCCACCCCGGAAGUAACGAUCAAUGAACACUACGAAAACGUAGGACGUAUGGACGAAAUCGGUAUCCCAGUGUUCGAUGAUGUCCAACUUAACCUUUCUAGUCCUCUUAUGAUAAGAAAACUCAACCAAAACGGCUCGCUACUUAACUCCCCGGUAGGAAGUCCAUACGAAAAUGUACUCAAGAACAAUCUCAAGCCAAAGUCACCGAAUACACAAAGUCCCAGAACAAGAAUAAAAACAACAUUCGCUCAUAAAAACAUUACAUCGCCGCAAUAUUUCGUUUUUCCCACACCCCCGCCGAAAAACACGAAUCCACUAGACGAUCAAAUUCAAGAUAAACAAGAACAACCUGCAGAAAAACAAAACGACAUCAAUUUUUCGGGUAUUGAAAAACAAUUGAGUCUAGAAGAGGAAAUACCGAUGAUUGACGAUUCCGAUUUGUCUAACGAUAUCGAAUUUAGAUAUUCAAAAGUUAUUAAUGAAACAAUACCAAAAAACAAGAGCUUCGAUGACGUCAAAAAAGAGUUAAUGGCCGAUAUUCCCGAAUUAGAACAAUUUGAGAAAGAGUUAAAGAAUAAUAGAGAAAAUGUUAUAAAAAAUAUUACUGAAGAAGUCAGGAAGAUAGAUUUAGAAGCAGAUUCAAUAGACAGCGUUUUAGAAGAUAAUGUUGACGAAUUAAAAUCAAAAUACGAACGUUUGAGAGAUGAAAGGAAGAAAUUGAUGGCUGAAAUACACGAUAUAAAAUAUAAAAUGACGGAAAUUCGGUCGCAAGAGGAUGAUAUUUUACGAGAGUUGGAAAUGGAAAAGGCUCUAAUAAAAGGCGAAUACGAUUCAGAAAUAGCAAUACUUAAUAUAGAACAAAAGAAAAAAUCUAGUUUAAAUGAGCAAGCGAGACAGAUAGAGGAUGAAAUUAAACAAAUGAAAGUGACACAAGAAGCAAGACAAAAUGAGACGAAAGAUCGAGUAGAGGUUGCUACUGCGAAGGUCGAAAGAAUCAAAAAAGACUUAAAAGUAAACGCAGCGACACUCGAAGAACUACAAAACGCGCAAGAUAUUCUUGAUAACGAGACGAAGAUAUUCGAAGAUUUGGAAUUCCAGCAUUUAGAGGAAGAAUCUGAACUGUUAUCUAACAGAGAAGACCUUCAAAACGAAAUAAUGCUGCUUAGUAAAAAGAUCGAUGCCCAAAAAACGAGAAUACUAACUCUAAAGUCUGAAGCUAACAACAAUUUAACAUCUGCGCUCGAAGAAACCAAAAUUCUUCAAGCUGAAUACGUUAGAUUACUCAAUCAAGUUGAGGAGCUAACUUCGAAAGUACAAAAUGUAGAAAAGGAAUUGAAACCUAUAGUAUCCAAAUUGAAUUAUAUUGAAAGAACUCAAUCACCUGAUAGUGCCUUCUAUACUGAUCAGACCAGAGCCAAAUCGGGCGAAUACGGGUAUUCCCCAAGUUCUGAUAGCGAUGACAAUGAUGUGAGCAAAAUUUCAAACUUCGAAGACCACACAAAACAAUUGACUGACAAGUUUAACUCUAUUGAUCGAAUGUCACAGUCCAUGAUAGUAGAUAUCGAACGACGCGUCACUGACAUUGAUCCAAUAGACCCUGACAAACUCGAGAGUCCUUCUAAGUCUUCCACUUCGAAAGAGAAGAAAGGAUUUUGGGAGCGCAACUUCGAUUCUCUCAAACGAAAGAAUAGUAAGAAAAAAGAUAAAGUCGACGUCAUGUCGCAGAGUCUAAACGAAAAUCUAUUUUAUAACGACAACAUUGAAGUAGACAUGUUGGACAAAUUCAAUAGUUUAAGACACUCUAAAAAGAAAAAAGAAAACGUACCGCUGAAAAGUAAUUCAUCGUCCAAAAUACCGACAUUUGCGGCCCUAGGAAAAAUAAUAAAAAAGGAUUCGUUAAAAAGAAAAGAAUCGAGGAAAGAAGAAGAAAAUGAAAAUAGAAACAGAUACAUUAAAAAUGCAAAGCCGCAAACAGACAACAAAUAUGUGAAAGCUAAAUCUUUAUCACCGGAUAAGACGAAAGAAUCUAUCAAAGAAGAGAAUGAAGAUGAAGUGAAACACAACACUUUAGACUUCAGAAAAAUUGAUAAGGAUAAGGUGUUGCAUAGAAAGAGCUGUGGUGAUGAACCGAACGUGAGAAACGAUUUUCAAAAGAUUACUGAUUCUGGGAAAAUUCCAUCGCAAGAUGACAUUGACAGAAUCUCUAAAGUUACUACGGAUGCUCCAAUAUUUUCUAGCGACACUGAUAUGAAUUCUUUGGGUAAAAAGACAUUUGACAGUUUGAUGGAAAUUGAAAGGAAACGGAUUGAAAUGUUGGAGGAACAAGGAUGUCAAGUUAUAGAAAACGAACGAGAGAAGAUUGAAGAAUUAAAACGAAAAGCUCAAGACGAAACGAAAAAACUGUGGCACGAGCGAAAUAGCGCGAAGACACCGGAAAGGGACAGCUGUCAGACGCCAAGUGAUGUUGACAGACGCCAGCUGUCAGGUGAUUUUGACAGUUUGCGUGAUGAUGUCAAAUACUACGGGAGCGUGGUAGAAGAUACAUCCACAGAUGUUUUCAAUACUACCAAUUCAACACUUUUUGAAGAAAGCUCUGGCUUCUUGUCAUCCUCCAUAGAAGAGUUGCAAGUCCGUAACUCUCGUACCGAAUCGACAGAAGAUGAGAAACACAGCGAUGACAGCCGACCGCUCAGUCACGCUUCCGAUUUCAGCAGGGAUAAUAUAUUGUCUCUCAGCAAUGCCCCACGUCGGAGCCGGCGCGGUACAACCACGAGUGAAUGGCAGCGACCGCUUACACGAUACCUUCCAGUUGACAGAGACGACUUUGAUUUACGACGACACGUCGAGUCCGCAGGUCACCAAAUCGAAUUGUGUCCCUACGUGACGAUAAACUCGAGUUCAUGCCGAGGUUAUUUGCACAAGUUGGGCGCCAAAUUCCACACGUGGUCCAAAAGGUGGUUCGUUUUUGACCGUGAAUCUAAAACGUUCGUCUACUAUUGGGACAAGACUGAGAAAAAGCCGCGAGGUGGCGCUUAUUUUCAGGUAAUAGAAGAAGUGUAUCUAGAUCAUGGCAACACGUCGAAAUCACCGAAUCCACAGACAACAUUUAUUGUCAAAACUAAACAAAGGCGAUACUACCUUAUGGCGCCAUCUGGUGAAGCCGCUAGAAUAUGGAUAGAUGUUAUGUUCACCGGCGCUCAGGGAUAUACAGAAUAUCUCGAAUGA